CACUACUUGACCCCAUUCUACACUUUCUAAUCAUCUCUCAACCAACCUCUUCAUCAACCUCUUAACUUUCUUGACUCUCAUAUAUAUCAUUCAAAACCCAUUACUUCAAAAUGUCUGAACUCGCCGAUGUUGGUCUUAUCGGUUUGGCCGUCAUGGGUCAAAACUUGAUCCUCAACAUGAACGACAAAGGAUUCAAAGUUUGCGCUUACAACCGUACCACCUCCAAAGUUGAUUACUUCCUCGAGCACGAAGCUAAGGGAACUCAAAUCAUUGGAGCUCGCUCGAUCGAGGAACUAUGCUCUAAACUCAAGAGACCCCGAAGGAUCAUUCUCCUCGUCAAAGCUGGUCAGGCCGUUGAUGACUUCAUCGCUCAACUCGAACCUUUCCUCGAAAAAGGAGAUAUCAUCAUUGACGGUGGUAACAGUCACUACCCCGAUUCCAUCCGUCGUACCCAUGAACUCGAAGCUAAAGGUCUUCUCUUUGUCGGUUCCGGUGUCUCCGGUGGUGAGGAGGGUGCACGUAACGGUCCUUCUCUCAUGCCCGGUGGUAGUGAAGCCGCUUGGCCUCAUAUCAAGGAAAUCUUCCAGAAGACGGCAGCUCAGGCUGAGGGAGAACCAUGCUGUGAUUGGGUCGGUCCUACCGGUGCCGGUCAUUACGUCAAAAUGGUUCACAACGGUAUCGAAUACGGUGAUAUGCAACUCAUCGCCGAGGCCUACGAUAUCCUCAAACGUGGUCUUGACCUCUCCGAAGAUGAGAUCGCUGACAUUUUCGAGAAGUGGAACAGUGGAGUUCUUGACUCUUUCCUCAUUGAAAUCACCAGGGAUAUCCUCCGCUUCAAGGACACUGACGGUGAACCCAUGUUACACAAGAUCCUCGACUCUGCAGGUCAGAAGGGUACCGGUAAAUGGACUGCCAUCGAUGCACUCGACCUCGGCAUGCCUGUCACCCUCAUCGGCGAGGCCGUCUUCUCUCGUUGUCUCUCGUCCCUGAAAGGAGAGCGUGGUCGUGCUUCCAAGAUCCUUGCUGCCCCAGCCCGCGAACCCUUCCAAGGUGACAAGCAGCAAUUCAUCGACGAUCUCGAACAGGCUCUUUACGCCUCGAAGAUCAUCUCAUAUGCUCAAGGUUUCAUGAUGAUGCGUGAAGCUGCCAAGGUCAACGACUGGCCUAGCAUGAACUAUGCUGGUAUCGCCGCCAUGUGGCGUGGAGGUUGUAUCAUCAAGUCUGUUUUCCUCAGCGACAUCACCGCCGCCUAUCGUGAGAACCCCAAGAUCGAAUCGAUCUUGUUCAGCCCGUUCUUCACCAAGGCCAUCACCAACGCUCAACCUGGUUGGAGGCGUGUCAUCGCUCAGUCGACCCUCUGGGGUAUCCCCAUCCCGGCGUUCACCACUGCGCUUUCGUUCUUUGACGGAUACCGUGCUGAAGUCCUGCCAGCCAACCUGUUGCAAGCGCAGCGUGACUACUUCGGAGCGCACACGUUCAAGGUAUUGCCCGGUAAGGAAAACGACCACAUGAAAGCUGGUCAAGACAUCCAUGUCAAAUGGACUGAACGUUCCGGCGACGUUUCUUCGUCGACGUACAAUGCUUAGAGAAUGCCCAGCAAAUCUGUUUGCAAUGUGUGAGAGAGGCAAAGGUGGGAAAAUGCAAGCAUUGCUUUGUCGUGUUA